AUGCGGAAUCCUUCUUCAGUGUGCUUCAUCGGACGAAGCAACGUGGGGAAAUCCUCUUUAAUCCGGGCCUUGUUCUCACUGACUCCAGAGGUGGAGAUCAGAGUGUCGAAAAAGCCGGGCCACACAAAGAAAAUGAAUUUCUUCAACGUAGGAAAGUAUUUUACUCUGGUGGACAUGCCAGGAUACGGCUACCGUGCCCCACAGGACUUUGUGGAGAUGGUGGAGGCCUAUCUGCAGGAACGGCACACCUUGAAGAGGACUUUCUUGUUAGUGGAUGGAGUAGUAGGACUCCAGAAAACAGAUCAUAUCGGUAUAGAGAUGUUGGAAGAGUUUGGGAUUCCAUAUGUGCUGGUGCUAACAAAAAUCGACCGAGCUUCCAGGGGACUGUUGCUAAAGAACGUACUGGAGAUCCAGGAGUUUGUAAAGGAGAAAACUCAGGGAUGCUUUCCUCAGCUAUUCUUGGUCAGUUCUCUGGAGUUUUCAGGUGUUCACUUGCUAAGGUGUUUCAUAGCCCAUGUUACUGGAAACCUGCCUGUUGCAGAGACCAACUAAAAAGACUGGUUCCUGAUCUGCUUGGCACAUCCAGAACAAAAGGUGGAUGAACGAAAGGACACAUCUUUAAUGGGAUCUACCUUUCGAUUACUGUUGACUUGGAACAGAGUGAGAUAAAUGAAUGACACCUAGGGGAGCUGUCUCCUCCUGCACUUUAUCAUCGGUCAGUGCUGCAUUUACCUUCCAGCAUGAAGUUCUGCAGCUGUACUCUGAACUGCCAGAGAUGAGACAUGUUGUUUGUUUUAUGCAUCUGUUCUACACUGGGAGCUGAAGCACAAUAGUGAGGCCCCGUAUUCUUUGCAAGCACUGUAACAGCUGGCAAAACUUUGUCCCACAACAGCUGUAUCCAGCUAACAGCACCCAGCACCCAUCCUGGGGAGACCGAAGCUGGGUAGUUACAAUAUCAGAAAGAGUCAGAAAAGGGGACUGUCUUAAUAGCAGUAAUCAUACACGAAAAUUUAGAUCAAAGCUAUUAAGUGCUGAUGUCAAACUCUGACACUGUCUUGUUGAGUAUUAGGAUUGCCAAAGGUAUGUAUACGGUUGUCAGCGUUACUUACAUCAAGUGUUUAAACCUCAUGAAAGAGUAAUUCUUCCAUAAACCACUCGAGAGUUAGAAGGUGGUAUUUCUAGUGUUUUGCUUUAUUAUGGAAUUUCUUUUAACUCACAGAUUAGACGUGAGAUAGGGCUUAUUUCCCCAUAUGUGUAGGAAGCGGCAGUGUGUGAUGAAUGCAAUAGAAAGAGGUGGAUCUCUGGUUUGCACACCUAAGCAGAGAUCACACCUGUAAUUCUCAAUAUUUCACCUCCAAUCCUAAAGUGCUCCAGAGCAAACCAGCCCAUGUGAUGCUUCUACGGGGGGAAGUGCAGCAGUAUAAGGAUAGAUGGAAUAGGUGCAGGUCAACGUUUCAGGCAUAAUCUUUUGUUUAAAAAAAAUAAAACCAGCAUCUUUCAAAAGCAUCAAUCUAGUCUGUAAUUCUAAAGGCCUCAGCUCUAAUUGAAGAGCCUGUGCUGCAAACUGCCAGCCAGUAUCCUUUCUCAAACUGUAACUGCUUUGUUAAUGAGAUUAGAUUGCAGGAAGAGUGCAUCUGAACUGGGAGGAUAGCAGUACGUUUAAAAAAAAAAAUCUUUUAACAAGAAGUGGCUAUCCUAUGUGAUAGAUACUAAGCAACAAUGUGUGUGCUGUGUUAAACAGAAGUUCAUGACCUCAAGGUUGUUCAUGGCGUCUCGAACAGGCUCAGCAGCUCCUUCACUGUGGGGCCUUGGACUGUUGGGCCCACUUCUACAGUCAUACAGGAGGUUGUACGAUGAGGUAGUGCAGGAUUUCAACUCAGUCUUUCAAGAGGCCCCCUUCCUACCACAAACACAGUAAUUAAAAACAACAACAACAACAAUAAAACUACCUAAAGCUUCUGUGGGAGAAGUUCAUCCAUCUUCCAAACUUCUUUCAAUGGUUUUAGAGCAGUUCUGUUCUCUACUACCUUUGUAUUCAUCUUCAAGAAAUGGGAUUUCAUUAAAAUCAGUUCAGCAACUUA